AAAAAGGGAGAAAAGUCACUUCUAUUCAAUUUGUAGGUCUCUUUAACUAAAUCUCACAUUCUAAAACUCACCAAGGAUCCGGGAAUGGAGAACAAGCCUCGUCAUGACCCGAAUCCGGACUCAAGUCGACCCGAAGAACCAGAGCUCGACCUCUACACCAUUCCAAGACACUCCAGUUGGUUUGCUUGGAACGAUAUUCACGAAACAGAGAGGCAAGCAUUGAAAGAAUUCUUCGAAGGAAGCUCAAUCUCGAGAACCCCCAAAAUCUACAAAGAGUUCAGGGAUUUUAUCAUCAACAAGUACCGGGAAGACCCUUCUCGCCGUCUCACCUUCACCGAAAUCCGCAAAUCCCUCAUCGGCGACGUCACUUUGCUCCACAAGGUCUUCCUCUUCUUGGAAACCUGGGGUUUGAUCAAUUCCGUCGCCCCGUCCCCCCGCGAAGGUUCCGAGAACGAUGAUAGGGUUCGGGUCGAAAACGGGGCUCCUAAUGGAGUCCGGGUCGUGGCCAAUCCCAAUUCAUUGCGGCCGCUUACGGCGCCGAUUGUUAAGGGGACGAACAGUGGUGAUGGGAUUGAAGGCAGUGGAGUCAAGCUGCCUCCCUUGGCUUCCUACUCUGAUGUUUUUGGUUAUUUGAAGAAGCUACAUUGUGCUAAUUGUGGAGAUAAUUGUGAUUCUGGGUACUAUGAAUAUAAAAAGGAUAAUUUUGUCGUUUGCGCUAAAUGCUUCAAAAGUGGAAAUUAUGGGGAAGAUAAAUCUAUGGGGGAUUUCGAGUUGAAAGAUUGCAGUGAGACGAGUGAGACCAAUGGUGCUGUGUGGACUGAAGCGGAAACUCUUCUUCUUUUGGAUUCUGUACUGAAGCAUGGGGAUGACUGGGAUCUUGUUGCUCAGAAUGUUCAAACCAAGUCUAAACUUGAUUGUAUUACAAAGCUCAUUGAGCUGCCUUUUGGCGAGUCCUUGAUAUAUUCGACCAAGGGAAGGGGCAAUCCCAGCAGUAUGAGUAUGAAUGUAAAUGGCGUAAAAUCAGAUCCUGUUCAUUCAUCCGAGCGUCAAGAGAACAUUAUAAAUGAGGAUCAAGGUUAUGAUGGCACAAAUGAGAACGAAGAGAAUGGGGAUUCUGAGAAUCAAGAGCCUCCUUUGAAGAAAAAACGCACUGCUUCCAUUCUAGAUGCUGGUAGUUCUCUCAUGAAGCAGGUUGCUCGCAUCUCUACCAUGGUUGAGCCUCAAAUCACUGCUGCUGCAGCUGAAGCUGCAGUUGUGAUGCUUUCCGAUGAAAUGUCAUGUCCAAGGGAAAUAUUUGAUGGUGAUCAGAUUGAUUUAACUAAUGGGUCACUAUCCCCUACUUUAAGAGCUCAUGAUAUCGAAGCAUCAGAGAUAAAGGAGAGAUCUAGUAUAUCAGAAUUUCAAGACAUACAUCCGAAGAAGAAUGAUGUACCUUUACCAUUGCGAAUCAGAGCGGCAGUUGCAACAGGUCUCGGAGCAGCCGCUGCUCGUGCCAAAUUGUUAGCCGAGCAGGAAGAGAGGGAGAUUGAACAUUUAGUUGCAACCAUAAUCGAAGCACAAUUAAAGAAGUUGCAAUCUAAAAUGAAGCAUUGCGAUGAUGCGGAGGUGCUAAUGGAGAAGGAAUAUGAUGCAAUCGAGGAACUCAAAGAGCACAUUCUCGGAGAGCGGAUUAAUACCUUACGAAUGACGUAUAAUACGGGUACGUCUAAAUUGUUAGAGCACAGUUCUGUACAAUCACAAACCAGAAACUUAAGUUAACUGUGUUUUAGAUGAAUGUAGUGAAGCAACAGAUGCCAUUAACAUCGGAAUUUAGGAUGCUUUUGAUUAUUACCGUUAAAACCUCGAUUCAGUAACAAUGUAGUUACAUAUCUUUCCUUUA